ACCCCCCGCCGGGGUCCCGCUCUGCCGCCUUCCGCCGCGCCACGGGCGCUCCGCGGCAGCUCCGGGGUCGCCGAGGGUUCCCCCCGUCGCUUUUCGCAGUUUUCCAGCUCCAUAGCGCAGCUCUCCAAAAGGACCUGUUGGAGCGACGCGUAAAUACAUGGAAACCCGAGAGCACCUCGUGCACCCAAUAAUUUUCCAGCGAUUUUAAUAGCGAGCCGGAUCCCUCUUCUCGUCCUCCCGUGCUGUGAACUUGGCAGACACUUGCACUGGUUUUGUAGUGCUUCCCGAGCAUGAGUUCAGCAUGAAGCGGCGAUUGGAUGAGCAGGAGUCACCCGUGUAUGCGUCGCAGCAGAGACGUAUCACCAGCAGCACCGAGGCUUUCCCGCACCAGCACCGCGUGCUUGCCCCGGCCCCGCCGGUCUAUGAGGCAGUUUCGGAGACCAUGCAGUCGGCCACGGGGAUCCAGUACUCCGUAACUCCCAGCUACCAGGUGUCGGCCGUGCCGCAGAGCUCGGGCAGCCAUGGGCCGGCCAUCGCCGCUGUGCACAGCGGCCACCACCACCCUGCGCCGGUGCAGCCCCACGGCAGCCAGGUGGUGCAGAGCCACACGCACCCCACACCCCCGGCCGUGCCCGUGCAGGGCCAGCAGCAGUUCCAGAGGCUCAAGGUGGAGGAUGCAUUGUCUUACCUUGACCAGGUGAAGCUACAGUUUGGUAGUCAGCCACAGGUCUACAAUGACUUCUUGGAUAUUAUGAAGGAAUUUAAAUCUCAAAGCAUCGACACUCCAGGGGUGAUCAGCCGUGUAUCGCAGCUCUUCAAGGGCCACCCAGACUUGAUCAUGGGUUUCAACACCUUCUUGCCACCUGGCUACAAGAUUGAGGUGCAGACCAACGACAUGGUGAACGUGACAACCCCGGGGCAGGUUCACCAGAUCCCCACGCAUGGGCUGCAGCCCCAGCCACAGCCCCAGCCGCCGCAUCCGUCGCAGCCUUCGGCGCAGUCGACUCCGACACCAGCACAGCCGGCGCCGCAGCCCACACCUGCCAAAAUCAGCAAGCCAUCGCAGUUGCAGGCACAUACUCCUGCCAACCAGCAGACCCCCCCGAUUCCGCCGUAUGCAUCACCACGCUCGCCACCGGUCCAGCCUCACACACCUGUGACAAUCUCUCUGGGCACCACACCAUCCCUGCAGAACAAUCAGCCCGUGGAGUUUAAUCAUGCCAUCAACUACGUCAACAAGAUCAAGAAUCGGUUCCAGGGACAGCCGGACAUCUACAAAGCCUUCCUGGAGAUUCUCCACACGUAUCAGAAAGAGCAGCGCAAUGCCAAGGAGGCAGGAGGGAACUACACGCCGGCUCUGACGGAGCAGGAGGUGUAUGCCCAGGUAGCUCGCCUCUUCAAGAACCAGGAGGAUCUGCUCUCGGAAUUUGGGCAGUUCCUGCCUGAUGCCAACAGCUCUGUGCUGCUAAGUAAGACAACUGCAGAGAAAGUGGAAUCGGUCAGGAAUGACCACGGGGGCACAGUGAAGAAGCCACAGCUCAACAACAAGCAGCAGAGACCCAACCAGAACGGCUGCCAGAUCCGACGGCACUCGAGCACUGGGGCAACCCCUCCGGUGAAGAAGAAACCAAAGCUGCUUGGUUUAAAAGACCAGUCUUUGGCAGAAGCCAGCAAACAUGGUGUGGGGACAGAAUCUCUCUUCUUUGAGAAGGUCCGCAAAGCUCUGCGUAGCACAGAAGCAUACGAGAACUUCCUGCGCUGCCUGGUUAUUUUCAACCAGGAGGUGAUCUCCCGGGCCGAGCUCGUGCAGCUGGUUUCUCCAUUCCUGGGGAAAUUCCCGGAACUUUUCACUUGGUUUAAAAACUUUCUGGGGUAUAAGGAGUCUGUUCACAUGGAGACGUAUCCGAAGGAACGGGCUACUGAGGGGAUUGCCAUGGAGAUUGACUAUGCCUCCUGCAAGAGGCUGGGCUCCAGCUACCGAGCCUUGCCCAAGAGCUACCAGCAACCCAAGUGCACAGGGCGGACUCCGCUGUGUAAAGAGGUUUUGAAUGACACCUGGGUCUCCUUCCCGUCCUGGUCCGAAGAUUCCACGUUUGUGAGCUCCAAGAAGACACAAUAUGAAGAGCACAUCUACAGGUGUGAGGAUGAACGUUUUGAGCUGGAUGUUGUCUUGGAGACCAACCUGGCAACGAUCCGCGUUCUGGAGGCAAUCCAGAAGAAACUGUCGCGCUUGUCUGCGGAGGAGCAGGCCAAAUUCCGCCUGGACAACACCCUGGGGGGCACCUCGGAGGUGAUCCACCGCAAGGCUCUCCAGAGGAUAUAUGCUGACAAAGCAGCUGACAUCAUCGAUGGGCUUCGCAAGAACCCCUCCGUGGCUGUUCCCAUUGUACUGAAAAGGUUAAAGAUGAAAGAGGAAGAGUGGCGAGAAGCCCAGAGAGGAUUUAAUAAAGUCUGGCGAGAGCAGAAUGAGAAGUAUUACCUGAAAUCCUUGGACCACCAAGGCAUCAACUUCAAGCAGAAUGAUACCAAGGUCCUAAGGUCAAAGAGUCUCCUCAAUGAGAUUGAAAGCAUCUAUGAUGAGAGGCAAGAACAGGCUUCAGAAGAAAAUGCUGGAGUGCCCACAGGCCCACACCUCUCGCUAGCCUAUGAAGACAAGCAGAUCCUGGAAGAUGCUGCCUCUCUCAUCAUCCACCACGUGAAGCGGCAGACAGGAAUCCAGAAAGAGGACAAGUACAAAAUCAAGCAGAUCAUGUAUCACUUCAUUCCAGACCUGCUGUUUGCUCAGCGAGGUGAACUCUCGGAUGUGGAAGAGGAAGAAGAAGAGGAAAUGGAUGUGGACGAAGCUACUGGGGCUGCAAAAAAGCACAAUGGUGUUGGGGGUAGUCCUCCCAAAACCAAGCUGAUGUUCAACAACACGACAGCCCAGAAGCUGCGGGGCAUGGAUGAGGUCUACAACCUCUUCUACGUGAACAGCAACUGGUACAUCUUCAUGAGGCUGCACCAGAUCCUGUGCUUGCGGCUGCUGCGGAUCUGCACCCAGGCUGAGCGGCAGAUCGAGGAGGAGACGCGGGAACGGGAGUGGGAGAGGGAAGUGCUGGGCAUAAAGCGAGACAAGAGUGACAGUCCUGCCAUCCAGCUGCGACUGAAGGAGCCCAUGGACAUCGAUGUGGAGGAUUAUUACCCGGCCUUCCUGGACAUGGUGCGCAACCUCCUGGAUGGGAACAUGGACUCGUCGCAGUAUGAGGAUUCCCUGCGCGAGAUGUUCACCAUCCACGCCUACAUCGCCUUCACCAUGGACAAGCUGAUCCAGAGCAUCGUCCGACAGCUCCAGCACAUCGUGAGUGAUGAGAUCUGUGUGCAGGUGACAGACCUAUACCUGUCGGAGAACAGCAAUGGAGCCACGGGAGGUCUCCUCGCUUCCCAGUCUUCCCGUACGCUCCUGGAGGCCGCGUACCAGCGCAAAGCUGAGCAGCUCAUGUCCGAGGAGAACUGCUUCAAGCUGAUGUUCAUUCAGAGCAGAGGUCAAGUUCAGUUAACCAUUGAGCUGCUGGACACAGAAGAGGAAAAUUCGGAUGACCCUGUGGAAGCAGAGCGCUGGUCGGACUACGUGGAGCGGUACGUUAACUCUGAUUCUACCUCCCCUGAGCUCCGCGAGCACCUGGCCCAGAAACCCGUCUUCCUGCCCAGGAAUCUGAGGCGGAUCCGUAAGUGUCAGCGUGGUCGGGAGCAGCAGGAGAAGGAAGGGAAGGAGGGAAACAGUAAGAAGUCCAUGGAGAAUGUGGAGAGCCUGGACAAGCUGGAGUGUAAAUUCAAGCUGAACUCCUAUAAGAUGGUGUACGUGAUCAAAUCGGAGGAUUACAUGUACAGGAGGACUGCGCUGCUGCGAGCUCAGCAGUCCCAUGAAAGGGUGAGCAAGCGCCUGCACCAGCGAUUCCAGGCCUGGGUGGACAAAUGGACCAAGGAGCACGUGCCCCGCGAAAUGGCAGCCGAGACAAACAAGUGGCUCAUGGGUGAAGGGUUGGAGGGCUUGGUGCCCUGCACCACCACCUGUGACACAGAGACCCUGCACUUUGUCAGCAUCAACAAGUACCGCGUCAAAUACGGCACGAUAUUCAAGACGCCCUAAGAGUCCCCCGGGGCGAGGGAAGAGCCCGGGAGAUGUGUGUGUGUGUGCGCGCAUCCAGGGAAGGAGGAAGAUGCCUUUCUCCCCUCACUGUGUAUCUCCGUAACAUGGCCACUUGACUAGUGCGUGGCUGGUACAACCUGUCCCGGCGGGAUCCCCUGCGGGGACGUGGAUCUCUGCCUGGGGCUGCAGGCCGCCGGCCCUUUUUGGGCAGGAAGGACCCUUCUCUGAACUGAGCCAUCCCAGAGAAACACAACAAGCUCGUACACACCAGCAGCGUUGAGGCUUUGACUCCCCGGAGGCCCUGAGCGGCGAGGGAGGGGAACAGGAUGCCCUCCACCACCGGACCGCUUGGAUGUAUCCCCAAAAUCCCCAGGUGCCUGUCGCCACCGGAUUCUCCUCUCUUUGCGGGCUCCAGCACGGGGCCACGGGGCAGUGGACCCUGGGUUCCUCUCGCUCCCUCCUCUCCCUCCCAGGCUGGACUCACCCUGUGCAGAUCGGUCUGUCCUUUCUAGUGCCAGUGGAACUGUUUUAUUUUUAUUUUGGGUUUUUGGUUUUUUUUGUACCUGCUUGUUUACUAGUCUCUCCUAGUGCCAUGCACCAGCUUUUCACACACAUGUACGUACACACACACAGCAGAGAACAACACGAUUUUAACAUGUUCCCCUCCUUUUUUGUAAAUAAAUGUACAAAUUGUCAAUUUUUUGGUUUUUUUUUUUUCUUUUUGGUUUGCUGUUUUGUUUUGUUUUUUUUAAUUAAAGGAAUUAUGCUUGAUGUGCUAGCAUAACUGUACUAGCUUCUUGUGUACCAUAGUACCAGGUGGCUUGAGAAUUAGUAUCGACAGACAGACCGAUGGAGACAUUUAUUACACUUUUUACCAAAGGGAGUUAUCAUUGUAGUGCUUUUGUGUGGAAACUUUUUUCUCCUUUUUUUGUAAAUAAAAAAAAUAAUGUCUUUGUUCUUAA